GUUUUGUCUAUGGCAAUCAUCACAAAACUGAUACCGAUGCUGGGGGCGAUGUCGAUGGCCUAACGUUGAUACCCUCUGAACCAACAAUGGUACGUUAUACAAACGAAUCGUUGAUAAUGUUGUGUCGCAGUCCAACACCGGAAGUUAAACUACACUGGAAGUCGCCAAAAGGUCAAAUAAUCGAAGAGCAUAAAGGACGUAUACACAUUGAACCGAGUUCAAAACCAGAAGAAUUAAAAUUGGUUUUCAUGCACAUUUCAUUGGCCGAUAAGGGCAAUUGGAUCUGUGAGGAUACCACAGGUGGUAAAGCAGAAAAAAUCUUUGAACUAAUAGUUUUUCAAAAAAUUACCUUUACUGAAAAUACCACCAUUUUAACAGUGAAAGAGGGACAAAAUGCCACAAUACUAUGCGAAGUUAAGGGCGAACCACAACCAAAUAUAACAUGGCAUUUCAAUGGUCUACCAAUUGCAGUUGAUAUCAAUUCAACAAAAUUUCAAAUUUUAGGUGAUGGAUUACUCAUCAACACAGUUACACAAAACGAUACUGGCGAAUAUACGUGUCGUGCUUAUCAAGUCAAUCCCAUUGCAUCCGAUAUGCAAGAGCGUACAGUUCUGAUGAAAAUUGAACACAAACCCAUGUGGACUCAUCACGAUGAUAAAAAGGACUAUUAUACCUACUUGAAUGGUACGACUGCAUUAAGAUGUGAAGCAGUAGCAGAGCCACCAGGCAAUUUUACUUGGUAUCGCAAUAAAAAGCAAAUACACAACGAUAAACAUUUUACAAUUGAAAACGAUAAUUACAUCUCCAUACUGCUGAUUAAGGCUGGCGACGAAAGUGUUUUCAGUAUCUACAAAUGUAAAGUCAAAAAUCAUUUGGGCAGCAUUGAACGUCAUUUCGUAUUGAAGCGUGGCGUCAAACCACCCACACCACAUCCCAUCCAAUUGAGGGGUUUAAACUCACACACUUUCGAUAUUGAAUUGGCCGUAACACGUCCCAAUAACAUUAAGCCUCAGAUGGAGGUGAACGGCUAUCGUAUUGAGUACAUGAGUGAAAUGGAAUUCAAAAAGGAUUCUGGCAAAUGGUUGAAUGCCAAACGUAAAGAUUUCAAUUAUGAAAGUGGAGCAACAUUUCUGCUUAACAAUUUGGAGGCAAACACAACCUAUUUGGUGCGAGCAGCAUCACGUAAUGUGGCUGGUUUAAGUGAUUGGACAAAAGUUGAAAAAUUCCGCACUCAAUUUAUACCACAAACAUCAGCAUCUUCAAAUGUGGCUGCCUUUACUCAUAUUUUAUGUUUUGCUUUAGUAGCCUUAAUUUUAAGUCAAGAUCUAACAUUUGGUCUUCCCAGUACUUUCAUUAACUUACCACCGUUGUCAAGUACUUUGAAUGUAGAACAUUUGUGAGUUCAUGAAAGUGUUGAGGCUUUUGGAAAUUUUUUGUAUCCCUCCUUUAAAAAGUAAAAGAAAAACAAAAUACAUAUUUUAACUUUCGGUAUUGUAUAGUUUUGUUAUAAGUUUUAUUUCUCUUCUUGCUCCUUUCCUCAUUACUACUUUAAAUAGAGUUUUAGUUACAAAUACUAUUAUUUUCAAAUUAUGCUUCUUGUUUUGUUUGUUUUGUGUCUACGAAAAUGCUUAUAUAUAGUCGAGAGUCCAAUUAAUAUUUCUGCAAGUGCAUACAAUGUAAGUGGCCAGAAAGGAAACCAGCAACAACCCGACCAACUACAAUUAUUUUAUUUUAGUUAAUAAAAGUCAAAUGAAAAUGUAACGGGCAAAUAAUGAAAAAGAAUAAAUUAAUGGUAAAAACAUAAUUUGCUAACAUAAAUUUUAGAUUAAAUUCAUUCUGGUUUAGAAAUCAUUAUUUGUUUCUUUUUGAAGUUUCAAGAGUUUAAUUCGGAUUACAGUAGUAAUUGAAUUUUGACUGUGGGGUCGACUUGGAGUUGAAUAAUAUCGCUCUAUUAUUUCACCAGGUCUCAGACAAGUCCAUAAAGUAGUCAAUAGAAUAGUUGUUAGGCAAGUCCAAAAACUAUUUAAUAACCUACUUAAUAUAUUAGCCCAAAUAUUAGCCAAUAAUCUAUUCAGUUGACUAGUCUGUAGAUAUUUGUCUAAAUAUUAGUAAAUUACAGGCUAAAUAAUAGAAUUACAUAAAGUAAUUCAUUACAUGAUCAAUUACAAUUACUUACAUUCAGCAAUAACUAAUUACAAUUAUUUAUAAUUGUAAUUGAAGUGGCAAUUACUUGAAGUUUUGCCAACCAACAACUAUUUCCAAUCAGGCUUGGGGGUAAUGAUUAUAUUUUCAAUAAUAAUUACAUUUGAAGCAAUUAUAACUAAAACUUUACCAAUUACAAUUACUUUUAAUGGUAACUGAAGUUUGGAUAAUUACAAUUAUUUGUAAUUGUAAUUUAAGUUUUGCAAAUUACAAUUACUUGUAAUUGUAAUUGAAGUUUUCAAAAUUUCAAUUAUUUAUAAUUAUAAUUAAAAUUUACCAAUUACCAUUACGUGUAAUUGUAAUUUAGAUAUUACCAAUUAAUGUUACAUGUAAUUAUAAAGGAAAAAAUUCAUGAAUUACAAUUAUAAGUAAUUGUAAUUUGCAAAAUUUCAGUUACAAUCACAAGUAAUAGUAAUUGGUUAAGCUACAAUUAAAAUUAUUUCCAAAGGAAGUUGUAAUUGAUAAUCAUUAAUAGAAAAUAUAAUCGUUAAUAGUAUAGUCCAUAGAAUAGUGAAUAGACUAGUCUAUUGAACAGUCAAACUAAUAGUCCACGCAGUGGUCAAUAGACUAGUAAAUAGAUUACUCAAGUGGCAAAACUUCAAUUACAAUUACAAGUAAUAGUAAUUGCUUAAGCUACCGUUACAAUUAUUUCCCAAGGAAAUUGUAAUUGUUACCCUCUAAGCCUGGUAAAUAGACUAGUCUAUUGAACAGUCAACUGCUAGCCCACACAGUAGUCAGUAAACUAGUCCGUAGACUACUCAACAGGCUAUUCUGUAAACUAGCAACUAGACAUGUCAAUACAGUAGCCCAUAGUCUAGUCAAUAGACUAAUCCGUUGAUUAAUCAAUAGACUAUUCCAGGAAUUAGUCUAUUGAGGACUAGUUAAAAGAUACAUACAUAUAUAGGAAAUUUCGUGUCAAGUGACUCAACUAUUAAAAUCGAUGUCUUUCCAUUCAAAACUGCCGGACUUAGAAGAGAUCAAAGUUAGACAUUUUGGUUAUAAGGGGUUUUAUUCAAAUUAGUGUAACUUUUCACCUAUUGGUCCUAGCAAAAAUCGUCCAGCAGAUGAGCUGAAAAUUUGUGUCUAGCCUACUAUCCAAUAGUAAUAACCUUGGUUCAAAUUUCAUUCAAAUCAAUUUUUCGAGUUAGGUUGACACGAAAUUGCCCACAUAUAAUCCUACAAAUAAUUUAGUUUUUUUCAUCCUUAAAAGUACACUUUUGGUAAAAGUUAAUACUAGGGUUCUAUAAAUCGACUUUCGAAUAAUCGAACAAUCAACUUUUUGUCGAAAAAAGUCGAAAAGUCGAUAACUCGACUAUCGUCUAUGAAAAAAGUCGAAAAGUCGACUUUGUAAAU